GGCCGGAGUCGAGUUCAAGGGGGAUAAGCAUCGAACCCAUCGGCUCGCCCCCAAUGCUAAAAAAGAGAUUGACGGCUCACGUGCCACCCGCGACACCAAACCGAAAUCAAUCAGGCUGGCUCGCCCACACCAAUCUCAUCCAGCCGUCCAUUCCUUCGUUCCCAUCGCGAAAAAUUAAAACUUCCACCUAAGAAGUAUCGCCCAACAACCAUAACUCAACCCCCAACCAUUUUUUCUCGCUCUUCCCCCCCCCUCCCUCCUGUGAAUGAAUUGCAUCCUAGGUGUUUGACAAAAUUCCAAAACCAACUGACGAUCUGCCCGAAGCUCCUCCCUCCUCUCUCGCAUUUGCUUCUUAAUCCCCUCUCCCUCUCUUCUCCCCCCUUUUCAAACCUCACUCCUGUCAUCUCCCCCCUGCGACCUCCUCUGCUGCUGCUUCUUCAUGAUUCGAAUUUCGUGAGAGCGGAUGCUUAUUUAUAUAUAUAGCUUGGUGGGAAUCGUUAAUUAGCUGCGGACUUGAUCGGAGCGGUGACUCUGGAGUUGGGGAGAAUGGCUACCUUACCGCAUUCUCCAGCUGCACUCACCGGGCCGAAGGCUUCGGAUCUUCUCCGGAGCUCCACCAGUGUUGCCUCCGGUAUCCCUUUGAGAACCCUAGGGAGAGCAGCGCAGUUGGCAGGUUCCAGCUCCAAAGCUAGGGACUUUUCGAUUGUUGCCAAGGUUAGAAAGGUUAAGAAGCAUGAGUAUCCAUGGCCUGAUGAUCCGGAUCCCAAUGUCAAGGGUGGAGUUCUUUCUCACCUCUCGCAUUUCAAGCCUAUGAAAGAGAGGCCAAAGCCUGUGACUUUGGAUUUCGAGAAGCCACUUGUUGAUCUAGAAAGGAAGAUCAUUGAUGUGAGGAAGAUGGCAAAUGAUACUGGGUUGGACUUUACUGAUCAGAUUGUCUCGUUAGAGAAUAAAUAUCAACAGGCCCUGAAGGAUUUGUAUACCCAUUUGACCCCUAUACAACGUGUAAACAUUGCAAGACAUCCUAACAGGCCCACUUUCCUCGAUCAUGUUUUUAGCAUCACAGAAAAGUUUGUGGAGCUUCAUGGAGAUCGAGCAGGUUAUGAUGAUCCUGCUAUUGUAACUGGGAUAGGAACUAUAGAUGGUAAAAGAUACAUGUUCAUGGGCCACCAAAAGGGUAGAAACACUAAAGAGAAUAUCAUGCGCAACUUCGGGAUGCCCACACCUCAUGGUUAUAGGAAGGCUCUACGAAUGAUGUAUUAUGCAGAUCACCAUGGCUUCCCCAUUAUCACUUUUAUUGAUACACCUGGAGCAUUUGCAGACCUCAAAUCCGAGGAGCUAGGCCAAGGUGAAGCAAUUGCUCACAACUUGAGGACCAUGUUUGGUCUAAAGGUACCAAUAAUUUCAAUUGUUAUUGGUGAGGGUGGCUCUGGUGGUGCUCUGGCCAUAGGCUGUUCUAAUAAAUUAUUGAUGCUUGAAAAUGCCGUCUUCUAUGUUGCAAGUCCAGAAGCAUGUGCUGCGAUUUUGUGGAAGACUGCCAAAGCUUCUCCAAAGGCUGCUGAGAAGCUGAAGAUUACUGCUAAUGAAUUGUGCAAGCUGCAGAUUUGCGAUGGGAUAAUACCUGAACCACUUGGGGGUGCACAUGCAGAUCCCUCGUGGACCUCACAACAGAUAAAGAAAGCAAUUAAUGAAUCUAUGGAUGAGCUCACCAAGCUGGACACAGAAAAUUUACUAAAACAUCGUAAUCUCAAGUUCCGGAAACUCGGUGGGUUUCAAGAGGGCAUUGCUAUCGAACCCAAGAGAAAGGUCAACAUGAAGAAGAAAGAAGAAUUCGUUUCAGGAAAGAUCCCAGUUAUGGAAUUAGAGACCGAGGUUGACAAGGUGAAGAAGCAAAUUUUCAAAGCUAUGGAGUCAUCACCUGGCACCAAGCCCUCAGAAUUAGCUCUGGAUGAGAUGAUAACAAAACUGAAGCGGGAGGUUGAUCUCGAAUUCUCUGAAGCUAUUAAUUCCAUCGGCCUUGGGGACCGGAUCUCGAUGUUGAGGGAUGAAUUCAGGAAAUCAAACUCAGAACAACAGCUCAUGCAUCCGUCACUGAUGGACAAGAUUGAGAAACUGAAAAAUGAAUUUGAUCAAGGCCUUUCUACUGCUCCAAAUUUUGGGAACCUCAAGUAUAAGCUCGAUAUGUUGAAUGAGUUCUCUAAAGUGAAGAGCAUCUCGGAGAAGAACAGUAAGGCUCAGGAACUGAAACAGGAAAUGAACAAGAAGCUGAAAGAGAUCAUCAUGGGUAGGCCUGAGAGAAAGGAGAAGAUUGAAGAACUGAAGGCAGAGAUUCAAAGGCUCCGUGCUUCUGGGAUUGAGAAUCCUGAUCGGGAGACCAAAGAGAGGAUUGCCAGGAUGAAAAGAGAGAUAGAUGUGGAAUUGGCAAAUGAUCUCAAGUCCUUGGGGUUCGAUGUUGAGGUUGUAAAACCAAGUGCAAAAGAAGUUGGUGAUGAGCAAGUUUCUCUCCCGGAGCUGAAGGCGAAGGUUGAAACUCUGAAGGAAGAAACUAACAAGAAGAUCGAAGAUGCAAUCAACUCGCCAGAUAUUAAAAACAUGUUCCAGUUGCUGAAAGUGGAGGUAGCAAAGGCAGGAACUACACCUGAUGCAGCUACCAGAAGUAAGAUUGAAUCUCUAGAAAACCAAAUUAAGCAAAGAGUGGCUGCUUCUGUCAGCUCUCCUGAUCUGAAGGAGAAGCAUGUUCAGCUGAGUGAAGAGGUUUCCAAAACGGUGGAGUCUCUCGGAGGGUCGGAUGGCAGUUUUGAAGUUGCUGAUCAGAACAACAAUGGUUCCCCACAUGAUGAUUCUAUGGUGAAGUUUAACUAUCGUGCCAACCGAGUAUAAAAAUACUGAAGACUUGAGCACAGUACCAAAUGGCUUUCCAACAGAACUUUCGACCUUCAUGUUCACACCAAGAGCUGUUCUUGUAGGGUUACGACCGCCUGACAGAGAGUGGCACGAGGUUUUUGCUCUUCCAUGGAAAUAUGAGAUCGACAUAGCCAUUAGCAUGGUUUUCGUGUUCGUUUUUUGUUGUGUUCUUUCCCCUCUUGAAGAUGAGAGUUUGUUAUUGAUGUUUAUAAUUCGCCUGAAACCCUUUUGUUAUGGAGUCCAGUUGAGUUAAUUUUAUUAUUUGUUUUCAUUACUAUUUUGCUGAAGAUCUGGCCAAGUAGAAACAUACUUUGGUUUUAUAUACACUGGUGCUGAGCGGCUUCAUAUGUUAGCUGGCCGACUUCCGCCUUUCAGCAAUAAAAGAAUCACUCAUCUGUUGAGUUCAUAGCAUACUAUGUAAGCUAAUGAUGUUCGGGUUAGGGAU